GCGCGUCUCCUAAGACUUCCCGGGCUCGGGGCUUCCUCUCUCUUUUCGCUCCGAGACAUGGGCACACCUCAGAAGGAUGUUAUUAUCAAGCCAGAUGCUCCCAACUCACUGUUCCUGGAGAAGCAUGCUGAUUAUAUCGCAUCCUAUGGCUCAAAGAAAGAUGAUUAUGAAUAUUGCAUGUCUGAGUACUUGAGGAUGAGUGGCAUAUAUUGGGGUCUGACAGUAAUGGAUCUCAUGGGACAACUGAACCGCAUGAAUAGAGAAGAAAUUCUAACAUUUAUAAAGUCGUGCCAACAUGAAUGUGGUGGAAUAAGUGCAAGUAUUGGACAUGAUCCUCAUCUCUUAUAUACUCUAAGUGCUGUCCAGAUUCUCACUCUAUAUGAUAGUAUUAAUGUUAUUGACGUAAAUAAAGUUGUGGAAUAUGUCCAGAGUCUACAGAAAGAAGAUGGCUCAUUUGCUGGAGACAUUUGGGGAGAAAUUGAUACAAGAUUCUCUUUCUGUGCGGUGGCAACAUUAGCUCUGUUGGGGAAGCUUGAUGCAAUCGAUGUAGAAAAAGCAAUUGAAUUUGUUUUAUCUUGUAUGAACUUUGAUGGUGGAUUUGGUUGCAGACCGGGUUCUGAAUCCCAUGCUGGGCAGAUCUAUUGUUGCACAGGAUUCCUGGCUAUUACUAAUCAGCUUCAUCAAGUAAAUUCUGAUUUACUUGGUUGGUGGCUUUGUGAAAGACAGUUACCUUCAGGAGGACUUAAUGGAAGACCCGAGAAGUUACCAGAUGUGUGCUAUUCAUGGUGGGUGCUGGCGUCUCUAAAGAUUAUUGGAAGGCUUCAUUGGAUCGAUAGGGAAAAAUUGAGGAAUUUCAUUUUGGCAUGUCAAGAUGAAGAAACGGGGGGAUUUGCCGACAGACCAGGAGAUAUGGUGGAUCCUUUUCAUACAUUAUUUGGAAUAGCUGGAUUGUCUCUUCUGGGAGAAGAACAGAUAAAACCUGUUAAUCCAGUCUUUUGCAUGCCUGAAGAAGUGCUUCGGAGGGUGAAUGUUCAACCUGAACUAGUAACCUAGACUCGCCCAUGCAAAAAGUUACUUAGUGUAGUUGCCAUUUCAACAUUAACUGUUUAUAUGUUGUACAUUGUGUUAAAUUAAUUUCAAUAAAUUAUAAUUAUACAUACUGUAAA